GAAAACUUAGGUCACUCGGCGGUGAGUUGCGGUCCCUCCCGGUGGUCAGGUAGGCUGCUGAUAUUGCUCUGUCUGAGGUGAGACGGGGCAGGUUAUACCGUGGAGAAUAUACUGCCACACGCCCCCUUCUGACAGCUGAUCAGUGUCAAAGUAACAGUAAGCCACAUAAAGUCUUGCAUUUCGCUGAUGAGGCGUUAAAAAUGGCUCUGUGUGAGAAAGUGGCACUAGUCACCGGUGGAGCUCAAGGAAUCGGUAAAGCCGUGGCAGAAGCGCUACUGAAGAAUAACGUUAAGGUUGCAGUGGUGGACCAGAACCAUUUAGUUGGAGAGAAGUGCAAGAAAGAUUUCGAUCAAGAAUUUGGGACAGAGAACAGUAUUUUUAUCCAGUGUGAUGUGACACAACGAGAGAAACUUCGAGGUGCCUUUGAACGUACUGUGGAGCACUUUGGAAGACUGGAUAUUGUAAUUAACAAUGCUGGCAUCAACAAUGAAAAACACUGGGAAAAGACCAUUGAGGUCAAUUUGACGUCAGUCAUCCAGGGCACGUACCUGGCUUUGGAUCACAUGAGCAAGGAGCACGGCAAGGAAGGAGGCGUUAUUAUCAACGUCUCAUCCAUGGCAG